CCCGACUGGGACAAUGAAAAACAGACUCAGCUGUUUCCCGUAAACAAGCUGCAGACUAAGUCGUAGAAAAAAAUAGGUAAACUUUAGGUCAUCGACUGUAAAAUCAUUGUAUUUAGUUUCUAGGAGAUCGUGUGCUGCCCAAACUCAGUUAGAAUUAUCCGUCGUCAUUCUCAUUUGGAUAUCCCUCGUCAACAAAUCAUUUUCUUUGUUGUUCUCUUUUUCUAUUGACCUACUCCCUUGAUUUGCUUAUCGCACUUAAACCUCGUCAUCAUCUUCUGACUAUUGCUAUUUUGUUGUUGAUGGGGAUAUAAUUAUAGUGAGAGUAGAAGAGACACUCUCAACACUCGGAAACUGUUUUACAGUCUCUCUUCUUUAUAAUCAGAGAUGUCUUUGAGUGAGUCCCCACAGCGUCGCCUGAGCCGGCCCAUUGGGCUUACUCUUAGGCCAGAAUCUGUGGCUGAAAAGUCUUUCAUGGAAAGCAUGGCUGGAUUCAUUCAUGAAGUUGUCCCACAGGCGUAUGGAGGCUGCCACCCUGCUGGGGAAGCAUCAGACCCAAUCUUAUGGGCAAAAAUAGAGCAAAUGGAUGGCGGAGUCUGCCAUUCUCAGAGUUCCAUCUUGCACAAGACCAAUCUACCUCUCUUGCUUGUUUUGGGCUUUAACACAGGAGUUCAGAUGUGGACUAUACAAGCAUCUGGAGAGGCUCAAGAAAUUCUCUCGUGGAAUGCAGGACCAAUUAAAGUGUUCCGCUUACUGCCCAAUCCAGUCUUGAACAUAUCGGAAGAUCUCUACGCGGCCAAACGUCCGAUUGUGGCCAUGAGUGAAAGCACUGGUCCUGCUUCACAACUCCAUCCCGUGACAUUCGUGUCCCUUCGAACGGGAGAACAAGUCAAAACUAUCCGUUUCAAGAAUCCCGUGGCGGAUAUAAUAGCCAAUAGGCGCGCCGUGGUUGUAACCUUCCCCGAGAAAGUGGCGGUCUUCAGCAGUACUACAUUCGAGGAUCAAGUAGUAUUGACUCACUGUUAUCCGCCCAGCUCGAGCCCUUACUCAAACCCAGUCGCCUUGGGUUCACGUUGGUUGGCCUACGCCGAGAAGCGUCUCCUUUCUAUUCAUCGUUGUGGCGGCGGUUUCGAAGGCGAAGGCAUCCAGUCUUACACAGCCACUGUCAUUCAUGCUGCCAAGAGCCUGACAAAAGGACUCCGAGAAUUCGGCGAAACCUUUCUUACCGGCCAAAGGAACGUUUCGUCGUCAUCGACAUCUUCCCAUCAAGGCCCUCAACCUGGUGUUGUGACUGUCAUUGACUUGGAAGGAUUAGCUCAUGGCGAAGUGAAUCUUCGGGAAGAUGUUGAAGGCGUAGUAGCGCAUUUUGUGGCUCACGCCAAUCAGGCCAUCAGUUACUUGGCAUUUGACCCAUCAGGGACCUUGCUUUUCACAGCCGACAGGCAGGGACAUAAUUUUCACAUCUUUCGCCUCCAUCCAGCACCUUGUAGUACUAAGCAAAGUGCCGUCCAUCAUUUAUACACUCUCUAUCGGGGUGAUACAACGGCAAGGGUUCAGGAUGUGGCCUUCGCCACAGACUCCCGUUGGGUGACCGUAACUACUAUGCGUGGCACGACGCAUGUUUUCCCCAUCAGCCCAUAUGGUGGAUCGGUGGGCGUUAGGACGCACACAUCUCAGCGAGUAGUCAACCGCCUAAGUCGAUUCCAUCGUAGCGCAGGUCUGGACGACACGCCUUCAUCUGGUCGCAGCAGCCCCGUCCUCUCUGCCUCACCUAGCAAUAGUCGCCCUGUGGAAUCGUCGACCUUCUUGCCCUAUCCCAACCCACGACUGCCACCAUACCCUCAUCCAACAGUUGUUGUUCCUCUGGUGCAACUACGAUCGUCUUUCAUGGGUGGAGCUGCUGGAAAUCGAGGCGUAACCGCCUCCCCUGGUCUUUCCAACGCUCGCAAGUUUGCAGAUUUGGACGACGGGACGGGAGUUGUUCGCGUCACCUGCUGCUUUGCUCCUCCAAGAGGAGCUGCACCGCUUGCGGGUCAUGUUUUAAAUGUGGGUGGUAGUUCGGCCGCCCAUCGUGAUCGUCUUCAGCGACGUACAGCUGAAUCGCUUUAUGUGAUGUCGUGCCAUGGCGCACUGGUGGAGUAUGGAUUCGAACCGCGACUAGCGGCUGGCAUACCGCGCGAGAAAGUUUGCGACAAGAGCUCCAUCGAGUUGGAUAUAGUACCACUGGCUCAAUGGCCCAUACACCGCCCGCUCUACUAUGCCGCAGACCUGCCACCCCCUUUGGCAUCCAGCGUUCUUUCAUUGAUCACCAACGGACCUGAGACGGAUGAUAAAAAUGAAUCGCCUUCAGCUAGAGUACCUUUAUCUGGCAAAGAGAUGCAGGAAACCUGGCUAGCACAUGUUGAAAUCAACACACAUGCCGGACCUCACAGGAGGCUUUGGAUGGGCCCUCAGUUUACAUUUAAAACGCUUAAACGAGACAGCACGUGCAAUCUUGCUGAGAUCGAGGCAUCAGAUGUUGAUAUUUUGACACGACCAGCUCGCUCAAACCCAGUAAAUAUGCCUGACAAGAAUGAAAUGCCAAUUCAAGGACUGCCAGUGAUUACUGGUGAAGGCUCUGCCAGCAGUUACGAGCAAUCCCCAAGAUUUCUAGCAGGUUGUGGAAGAGAGCGCUAUAGCACUCGUCGCUGCGAUUCAGAGGGUUCCAUAUCAGACAUGGUCCCUAAAGUCGAAGUGGAAUUACAGUUGAAAGAAAAUUUAGCAGACGCAAUGCAAGAAAUGCCGUCAACAGGAUCUCAUCUUCCCGAAGACGAUGGCAGUGAGCGUCGCACGCACUAUUUCAUGGAUGACGAACGCGUCAAUUGGCCUCAAACAUCUAUAUCCUCGUCGAACCCACCGGCCUCGCUCAAUAAUGACGAGGAUCUUUUGGAUUUUGAGCUGGAAAGUGAGACAUGCUUGCGGUCACCUCCAGUGCCCCCAAGGUUUACCAUUGACUCUCUAAAUCGUAAUUCGUCGACGAACAAGGACACUUCGGAAGUGUCUGGCGUUGAUAAAGACUACAGCUUUUUCGCCAGCGAUGAAGUAGUCAGUGGUUUGCCGGUCGAUGUUGCCUUCUUUCCGGAUGCGUUGCGGAGCGCCGGAGAAAGUAGUUCUAAUGAAGAGGACAUUGUGACUGUCCCACCAUUUGAUCAGGAUGGUUCUGGUCCUGGUCGAAAAAGUAAGAAAAAUCGUAAAAAGAAGAAGUGAGUAGGGUCUUUCUGCAGGUCGGUUGUUGUACUCUAUUUCCGGGUUUUUCUCUGCGUGGGGUUUCAAUUAGGUUUUCAUUUUCUUGUCCUUCGUGGCUCCAUCAAGUGAGACAUAGCAUGACGCGGAAACUUCUUCUUUAUUCUGAUCGUUGUUACACGCCUUUUUUAUUUUUCUUGAAUAUAUUAUUCAGCCAUGCAUCAGACGUUAAUUCGUAUGAUUUGUCAUACGAAUUAUUAGGGAAAAGACAAAAAAAACGCAAUUUUUAGUCUCCUUAUCUUUUUCUUCAAUUUAUCUUGUUAAAUGCGUGUUUGCAGGUGAUGCGUAGAUGUGAGCUCUUGGUGCAGUGUCCAAUUUUCAAUCAACCGCGAAAAGCGAUUAUCGCUAGUUUUCUAGCUAACCCACAUUAACAUAUUUUUAGUAGAAUAGACUUGUCAUUGCACCAAUCUCUCGGUAGAUCUCAAUCAUCUUCUCCAUCUUCGUGCUUUAAGAAAACGGUAUAGGUAAAUAAUCAUCUAACACCCAAUAAGCCUCAAUAGCAAACACCUGCUGACCUUUAACUGUUAAGUCGCUUGAUUAUCCGAGCGUGAUAUAUCAUUCAUCGAUACCCAUUGCGCGUCUUCAACCUCAUUUUUCCAUGGGCUGUUAUGAAGAAAUCAUUCAAAAAUAUACAUAGUUCAUUCAUAACAUACUGACCACAUAAACAUCGGAGAACUUUCUGUCAUGUUGGUGUGUAUCGUCGAUCGAACGUCAAUACAAAUUCAUUUUCUGCUCAAA